AUGUUUCAACCUGUAUGGAAACCCAAGGAAUGUGGCUAUAGAUCCCACACUUUUCCCCAUGGCACCGUCUUAACUCAUUCAAGCUCCACUCAUUUUAAGAUUUCUAAGAGCAGGUGUGUUUCCAAAACGGCGGCAGCGAUGGGUGUGGAUACACCGAGCGGCAUGAACAGCAGUGUGGGCAAGACGCGCUUUGAAGUGAAAAAGUGGAAUGCAGUAGCCCUCUGGGCCUGGGAUAUUGUGGUUGAUAACUGUGCCAUCUGCAGGAACCACAUUAGGGAUCUUUGCAUAGAAUGUCAGGCUAACCAGGCGUCUGCCACUGCUGAAGAGAGCACCGUUGCAUGGGGAGUCUGUAAUCAUGCUCUACACUUCCACUGCACCUCUCGCUGGCUCACAACACGGCAGGUGUGUCCGCUGGACAACGGAGAGUGGGAAUUCCAAAAGUAUGGGCACUAG